AUGGACAAUGUUGACAGCAACUUUCCGGAUAGAAUAUUCAGGGAAGUAGAUGUUGGUUCAUUUUCUCGUCAGACCGCGGAGAGUCGGUUCCCCAGACCACGGAGAGGCGAAGACGAUGACCGUCCCGCCCUAGCUCAUUGGCGCAAUAACCUCACCGCACUCUCGCAAAAGCAUAAUCUCUAUUUCGCCGCAGUCGAAGAUCACAUCCAUGUGACCGUACCGAGAAAUGUGAAACAUAGCUUACCGGGGACGCCAGAUCUUAACAUCUUACUGCCUACAUCAGUCCAGGCCGAGAUCGUUGGUGGCCAUCUGGACGAGGAUAACGGUCACUGUGUGAAUCAUCUAAUCAUUGGCAAUCUGGGCGACGAAGAGAUAAUCCUUAUUGCGUGCGAUGACGGGGAUCUGGUGGGAUAUUAUACUAAUGUGAUUAAUCAGGUCGUGAACGCGAAGACGAUGGACAAAGGUGGCAGUCAUUCCCAGAGAACCAGGGGCCGAACAUUCACUUUCGAUCAGACAGAUGAGCAAGAUGACCAUGAGGAUCAAAUAAGACACAUGUUCCAUGAGAAUGUGGGAAAGUCUGCUUGGGGAUUAGCCAUCCAUUCGUAUUCGCGCUUGAUUGCCGUAAGCACAAACAUUUACCAGGUAACAAUAUUCGCUUUUGCUAUAAGGGACGAGCCUAAAGAUGAGGAAGACGAGGAAAAGCUUACUCAAAUUGAAUCUGCCGCUGCUCGCUAUCAGUAUACGGACUUCCCUUCGAUAACACCUGACGAAGAAAAGCCUAGGUGGGCCACCGAUAAACGUCAACACGGAUACAGAUUGGUUUUUAGCUUGCCUACCCUCGGUGCUAAUAUUCCUACAGUCGCAUUUGUAAAUGAUCUUAAUGGAGAAGCUGAAGACAUUCUUGCAGGGGAUACUGCUGGCCGACUGUGGACGAUCAACCUCUGGUCUCGAAGGGGAGGCGAAGUCUUGCAAAAGCAGUUUUCCGUAACUGGUGGCGAGAUGGUUUGGGGCAUUCUCGUUAUUCCUGUAGGAGAUUUCCUAGUUGAGUCCAGUCCGCAUAAAGCUCUUGGUAUGCCUCACUUCAAGACCGCUAUCAGUUUCGAUUCGAUACAGGAAAAUAAUACACGAAAAGACACAAGGUAUUUAAACAUUUCCAGUACGGCAGUACACACGAGCGAUCACACUGUGAGAGCUCGAAGGAAUGAUCCAGAAUACUGUCAAUUAAAAAUCGAGGAAGAUGGUGAGGAUGCCAAAGUAAUUAUUUCGAGUACGGACAGUGGUAACUCUGGAGAAGUCUCAGCAACAGAUAUUGACCCCAUUGUGAAGGCAAGACGAUAUCGGUAUAUGCAAUGCUUCAGCCAGGAUGACGCUGGAGAAGAGGAAAUUCGGCAUGAAGCCGAGACAUUCCGUUCAAUCAUGAAUCUCCCACCAAUGCAAAUGGAGUCUAAACGCAGCUGGAGAGAUCUGGCAAUCCAAGCUAGAGCAACCGUCGGAACAAGAAAAAAGAAAGCCAAAGACCGGGAAGAUGGCACAAUUAUGUAUCGGGAGUCCCUCAAUCUCGGUGACGGAUCAGCACUCCUUCGUCUGUACAACUGGGACAUCGAGCUCAUCCCGCCUACAAAAGGUAUCCUAACAACGGUGCUCAAAAGCGCAAUAUCCCACCCCUUCCGCCAAACCCCACCGCACCUCGACGAUCUCGCUCACAACCGUCUCAACAUGCACCGCUACAUCCCCCAACUCUCCCUCGUUGUCGCUGGCUCGCAGACCGGCGACGUCGCACUCCUCACCCUAACGCGCAUGCCAGACAACUAUUCUAAACUCGGCCUAGUCACUACGUUUCGCCUGGAUCACAUCCUCCCGUUUAAACAUCAUAUGCCGAGUCCGCGCCGCAGGUUUCCGCUGCUGGGGCUGGCUACGUCGCCGGUUCCGGGGAAUGAACAGCGAUUUAGGAUUCUUUUGCAUUUCAUGGAUCAUUCGAUUGUGAGUUAUGAGGUUUGGAGGGGAGUUAAGGGGGAGAUUUUGCUUAUAUGA